UUUUGAUUUUCGCUUUUGAUCCAGUCAUCUGAAUCUGAGUCACUGAAUAUCGAUCAAAGGAAUUGAUCGUUCCCUUUCGCCUGGUCAGAGUUCAGAAGAAAUUGCUAUGAAUUGCUUUGGGCUCCUGAAGCCCUCUUAAUUUCAGUUUCAAUUUUGGUUUCUAACUUAACUCAAACUUUUGUAGGUGUCAAGUUCUGGCCUGUGUCGGCGGAGGGCAUUGUCUCCUGGCUGCGCCCAAUGCUCUUUUUCUCUCUACAUCUCUAACUCUGAGACUCAACCUCCAUCUGAAAAUGAACGGUAUGCUGCUGGGCCAAUUUCUGUACACCAAGCUGAACGACUAUGUGCUGAAGCUGAGCCGAAAUAAGCUGGUGCACCGUCUGCUGACGGACGGUGAUCGCUGCUCGCGCGCCGGGCCCCGCGGCCGGCCCACGCUCGACCCUCCGAGCCGCACCUACCACCGCGUGCUUCUGAAACAGCCGCCGCCGCCCGUAGCGGUUUCGAACCCCGUCGUCGCUUGGACUACAGUCCUGAGGCAACAGGUGCGCUGGGUGACGCGGCAGCUGGUGGGCAGUCUGGUGAACCCCUCCAGCCGGCUGCUGUCGCGCCAGUGUAAGGAGCUGGCUCAGCGUCUCCUCUUCUCCGGCGGCACCCACACGCUGGUGGCGUUUGUCGGCAUCACCCUGACCGGAGAUGAUGGACUCGUCACCAAGGCCGACCGUAUGGAGGUGCUCUGCGCAGAUAUCAAGAAGUUUGUGCGCGACAUGCACUGGCCCGACUGUGACCCGGAGCCGUCCGACUGUCACGCCAACGUCGAGACACUCCACGACAUUGAGAUCAGCGACGAGAUCGCCAAGGGCUGCAACGCCGUCGUCUACAAAGCCCGCAUCAAAGGCACUGGAGAUGCUGGCUGGAACCUGGCGCUGAAGAUGAUGUUCAACUACGACGCCGAGAGUAACGCCUGGAGCAUUCUGCGCGCCAUGCACCGCGAGGUGGUGCCGGCACCCUGGUAUACCGUCACUGAGGAGGUCCGACGACUGGUCACUGGCGUGGGACUGCGGCUGGCUGACCUGCCGCCCCACCGGAACAUCGUCGACAUUCGAGCCGUGCUGGUGGACCGCGUGCCGCUGGUGGGUGGCGCUCUCUCCAGCUACCCGGCCGCCCUGCCGGCGCGACUCAACCCAGACGGAGCCGGCCGCAACGCCAGCCUCUUCCUGCUCAUGAAACGGUACGACGGAGACCUGCGCACGCUGCUGGCCCAGUGCCCGGAGCUGUCUGCUCACACCCGGCUGUUGCUGCUCACCCAGCUGUUGGAGGGUGUCACCCACCUGGGACAGCACCGCGUGGCGCACAGGGACCUGAAGACGGACAACCUGCUGGUGGACACGUCGGCGGGCCGGCAGCAGCCACAGCUGGUUAUCUCCGACUUCGGCUGCUGUCUGGCUGAGACUAGCGGCGCGCUGACGGUGCCGUUCACCUCGUGGGACGUCGACCGCGGUGGCAACCUGGCUCUGAUGCCACCGGAGAUCUCUGGCGGCCGGCCGGGCCGGUUCGCCUCCCUGGACUACAGCCGGGCGGAUGUCUGGGCGGUCGGUACCAUUGCCUACGAGAUCCUGGGCUGCACGAACCCGUUCUACGGGCCGGACCGACUCAACAGCGCCACGUACUCUGAACGUGACCUGCCGCCGCUGCCGGCCUCCGUCCCGGCGCUCCUGCGCUGCCUGGUGGAGGAUAUGCUGCGGCGCGACCCGGCGCAGCGUGUGUCUGCGCGCGCAGCGGCCACCAUCUGCCAGCUGAUUCUGUGGGCGCCCAAAGCGUGGUUCGCCGCGCCUCCCUCUCACAAACAGAUCCGCCAGUGGCUGCUCACACUGACCGCCAAGGUGAUGUGCGAGUGGCGCAGCCGCACGGAGCGCGACGAUCGGCUGGAGCACGUGCUCGUGCACACGCUCCUCUGUCGGCUCACCUAUGCCGACCUGAGCGAGGCGCUCCGCUGGCUGCAGCGACACGUCUGAGGCCGGUCGGCGAGCUGAAUCAUCUGUGAUAGAGCACACUGAGGUGUCGGCGGGGCAUCGCACAGCGCCCUCACAGCGGCCGUCAGUGGUGCACGGAUCGGGUCGAGGCGGCGCCGGCGCUGCCGUGGAGCUGCGGAGUCGACGGCAGGCAAGUGAACUGUGUGUGCCAGGUAUGAAUGGAACCUGGCUUGGUGAUAGCGUUUCCGACGUGAUCUGUACGGUCUCUGAAGGAUAUAGAGGCCCACCUAUAGAUAACUCCUUAUGCUAACUCAUCAAUGUUUGCUGUAGAAGGUCCACGGAUAGGCAUUACGGAGGCGCGAUAUUGCUAUCCAGUAGGCUAACGAAAUUCCGAUUUAUCUGAUGCGGUAAGCGUAUAUUUCUGGAACUCUGAAUCCUUGAUUGUGUACAUUUAUAUUCAGCUUGGAAUCAAAAUCAUUAUACAGGCCAGUUAUUCUAUGUUAUAUUUCUGGAUGCGAGUAGAUCGUUGAGGUAAAUUCGAGUAGCCGCUUCCCCUGGUUAGGCCAUAGUGACUGGUGGUCGGGCCUGUAUUACCACAGGAGCACUGUGGCAUGUAGUCGCUAUCGGUGCUGGCUCAUUUGUUAGGGGUGUUUCUGUUCCCAGGAGGUCGACACCAAGCUGUCUGUGUCUUCGCUCGUCCCCGUGCAUAUAGGUGCGGUUAAUGUAGCUUUACCUGAUCUGAUCAGCAGUUUUAUCCCGAGUUGUGAGGAUGUCGCGCAAGUGUCGUCUUUAUUAUUCAUGUCGCAUUGUGAAAUGAUAUUUUAAUCCCGCAAGGAACCGUGGGGCUGAAAUUCGAGAGACAAGCGUGUAUCAUGUAUCUGCAAUUUCGGAGUGUGUCGAAGAAUACAAGGUUUCACAGACAACA